AAGCGAUUCUCGUGUCUAUCUGCUCGUGUCACCAUGGCUCUUACAUUGUCAAUCGUUCUGGCAUGUGCCGGACUUGUUCUGGGCUCCGUCCAUCCUCCAGCAUAUGGCCAUCACCCACAGCCCGCUUAUGGUCAUCAUGCACCUGCAUACGGUCAUCAUGCACCUGCUUACGCUCACCAGCACGGUUAUUGCGACCCCACUGUUGCCCCAGCAUGCGCUGCCAAUUCCACUCUCUCCUACUGCUUGGAAGAUACUGAGUAUCCCGAGUACGAGAUCAAGGCUGCCAUCACUGCCGAUCACCUGUUCGCCAAGAAGUACGCUGACGUCGCCGACCAGUCUGCUGAUGACCUGGUAGACAUGGUUACCAAGGACCAGGAGGAGGCCUUCGACUACUCUUACUACACUGGAGCUUCCACUGGGGACUCUCCCUACGAUGCCACCCACUGGGGUGGUCCUGAGGGUUACAUCUGUCCCUCCGAAGUGGUGUAUGCCAUGCCCAAACGUGCCCAGAACGUGGACGGCAAGUGGCGUGUCAUUGUCAACGAUGUUCACUAUUACAGCCAGACUGCCCGCCUCGAGACUUGUCUGUUCCCAGAGUCUGCUUGCCGCGCCCUUGCUCCUUGCUACCAGAGCCACUGCACCCAGAAGUCAGUGUACCACCGACUCCUUUCCUACGAUCCAUGUGACCCCUACAAAGGCCUCUUCAUUGACAUCUAUAAGAUGCCAUCUGCCUGCUCCUGCCACCUUCCCGCCUAACACACCACCACAACGCUCCUCAACCAAUCGCCUCUUCACACACCAUCAUCACACCACUGGACCAAAGUACACCUUAAAGUGGAGGAAAACCACAUGGCUAGAGAACUGCUUUCUUCACGUACCACCAGUCAUGCCACGAACCGCUGGACCACUCAUAUCGCUGCUCUCUCCCCCUUUCAGUUUUCUCUUCACUUCCCCCAUGUAAGAGAUAGAUGCGAAAAUUCCAUAGUAAUAUUUCUAACAAAUAAAUCAUUGUUGAACUCA